UCCUUUUCGAGCCACGAGGUAUUGAGCUAACACGCGGGUGUGCUCUCCGACCCUCGGGGUUCGACGCGUGGUGAACGAGACAGUGAGUCUUCAAUCGUGACAGUUCUAGCUCAAGUCCUCCAUCCACCAUGGCGUCAUAUAACUUCAAGAAGAUCGAAGUGGUGCCCACAGCGAAAGACUUUGUGGACAUCAUCCUCUCGAAGACGCAGCGCAAAACCCCGACAGUUGUCCACAAGCAGUAUAAAAUCACUCGAAUUAGGAGCUUUUACAUGCGCAAGGUGAAGUUCACCCAACAGAAUUUCCAUGACAAGCUGAGCAAAAUCGUAUCGGAUUUCCCCAAGCUCGAAGAUAUCCAUCCUUUCUACGCGGAUCUGAUGAACGUUCUCUACGACAGAGAUCACUACAAGCUAUCUUUGGGUCAGAUCAAUCAAGCCCUGCAUCUCAUCGAUAACGUCUCCCGGGACUAUGUGCGUUUGCAAUAUGCAGAUUCGCUAUUCAGAUGCAAGCGACUCAAGAAAGCCGCACUCGGACGUAUGGCAACCAUCAUGCGACGUCAGGCCCAGUCGCUGCUCUAUCUCGAACAAGUCCGUCAGCAUCUGUCCCGUCUGCCAUCAAUCGACCCCAACACGAGGACCUUACUGCUGUGUGGAUAUCCGAACGUAGGGAAAUCAUCGUUCAUCAAUUGUGUCACGAGAGCAGAUGUCGAGGUUCAACCGUACGCUUUAACGACGAAGUCUCUGUACGUUGGUCAUACGGAUUACGAGUACAUGAAAUGGCAAGUGAUCGAUACCCCUGGAAUCUUGGAUCAUCCCCUCGAGGAACGAAACACCAUCGAGAUGCAAGCUGUCACCGCCCUGGCACAUCUAAGAGCUUGCGUGCUCUUCGUCCUCGACCCCUCGGAGCAAUGUGGGAAUUCCCUCGAGAGUCAGAUCUCUUUGCUGAAGAGUUUGAAACCUCUCUUCGCAAAUAAACCGUUGCUUGUCCUCUGUAACAAGAUCGACGCCCUACCCCCAUCUGAUUACGACGAGGAGAAGAAAAAACUCAUCGAAGAGUUGCAGAGCGAGUCGAACCUUGAAGUCUUGUUCAUGAGCACGGCAACGCAAGAAGGCGUUUUCGACGUGAGGAACAAGGCGUGUUCCAUGCUUCUGGCUUCGAGGGUUGAGGCCAAGCUGAAGAACCGAAAAGUGGAAGGCAUCCUGAACAGACUCCACGUCGCUUAUCCUGAACCCCGCGACGGGAAGGAGAGGCUCCCCUGCAUACCUGAUUCCGUGAAAAACAAGAUGGACAUCUCGAAAAAAGACCGGAAACUCGAACGACAUAUCGAAGAAGAGAUGGGCGACGAUUAUAUUCUCGACCUGAAGAAGAACUACGACGUGCCUGACGAUAUGAAAUACGACGUCGUUCCUGAAAUUUGGAAAGGUCACAACGUGGCAGAUUUCAUAGAUCCCGACAUCAUGGCCAAGCUCGAGGCCUUGGAAGCCGAGGAAGAGCUCCGUGAGAAAGCUGGCUUCUACGACAUCGAGUACUCUUCUGAAGAUGAGGAAACUCGAGAGACGAGAUCGCUGGCCCGCAAGAUCAGGACCAAGAAAUCCAUCAUGAAGAAAGAUCACGAGCUCGAGAACAGCAAUCACCGCGCUUCGAGACCAGUUCUCAAGAGAUCGGAACGAUCCGUUUCCCGUCUUCGAAAAGAACAGACCGAGCUCGGAGUCGACAUGACUGACGAUCAAGAUGCUCACUACAGGAAAACCAGAUCCACGAGCAGGGGUCCACCUCUCAAGAAGGCUCGCGUCGACUCCGAGGGCAACGUCACCUCGUCGCGGCAUGCCGUGCCUCGAGAUAAGAGCGGGGUGCGUGAUUCGAAACAGGCCGCUAAGGCGGAGAAGAUCCGUAAGAAGGCCCAGGUUCCGCUCAACAGACAGGCAAGGAAAGGCGAAGCCGAUCGGAAGAUCGUCAGUCUUAAACCCAAACAUCUGUUUGUCGGCAGCCGAGGAAUCGGAAAAACGCAGCGACGCUAGACGCCGUGAUUCCGCGCCGCUUUCCGUCCGUGAAUUCGGGUUUUGCGUCCGAGUUCUCCGGUGUCGGGAGCUCUUCAGUUACGUUAAUAAAUUGCGACGCGAGAAUACGACGA